AUGGAACGACAGCGUUUGCAGGCACAGCAGCUGCUGGAGCAAUGGGAACACUUCCUGGCAGAGGUGCAGAGGGAGCAGGAGAAAAAGCGGCUUGAGAUGAAGCAGGAAGUUGCCAUCAUUCAAGCUACCAAGAAGAGAUAUGAAGCAAAGCCAAUCAAGAGGCAAAGGGUGUGGACAGAGAAAGAGCAGUUCAGCAAGGCUCUGAGACUCUGGCAAUCUGCUCAGGAGGAGGAGAAAAGGAAGCUCCUGCAAAAACAGGAAAGACGGCUGAAACAACAGCGUUUGAAGGCGCUGGAGCAGCGGGAACACUUCCUGGCAGAGCUCCAGCGCCAGAAGGCUGCUCAUUUAGACAAGGUGUGCCGCCUGCAGCGAGAGCUAAACCAAAGGCAGCGGCAGGUAGAGCAGCUGAGGCAGGAGCUGAAGGAGGAGCGAGAGAAUGGGCAGAACAAGCUGCAGGCAGAGCUGCGGGAAGCUCAGAGGAAGAUGAAGGCAGUGGAAGAGAGGCACAAAGAAGAAAUGGAAAGGAUGCAGAAGAUGCUGCAGUACAGGCUGGCAGAACAAAAGCCGAUGGACGUGGGCUCUGCCAUUGGAGAUGCAUCUGCAGCAGCAUCCUCCGAAGAAGCCUCCUCUCCACAGCCUGAAGAGCCGAGAGUGAGCAGUCUGCCCUGUUCAGGCCAGGAGCCAGAUCAGCUGUGCCAGGACGGAGAGAACCAGGGCUUGGAGCAGCUGAGGAGUGUUGUGAGUGUGGCAGAUCCAAAACAGAAAUACACUGGAUGGAAAUUUAUUGGCAGUGGGGGUUUUGGAACCGUUUAUAAGGCCUUUGACGCUGCCACAGGACAAGCGGUGGCCAUAAAGAAACUCGAUCUCCAGCAACAGGGCUGCGAGCAAGUGAAGAAAGAAAUCCUGGUCAUGAGGGAAAUGAAGAACCCCAAUAUUGUCACCUACCUUGAAAGCUACCUUGCCAAUGAGGCUGUGUGGCUGGUGUUGGAGUACAUGGAUGGAGGCUCCUUAGCUAUGGUGAUCCUCAUGAAGACAAUGGCUGUAGGACACAUAGCAACUGUCUGUCAGGAGUGCCUGAGAGGCCUGGCUUUCCUUCAUGCCAACAACAUCAUCCACAGAGACAUCAAAAGUGGAAACAUCCUUCUGGGCCUGGAUGGCUCUGUCAAGUUGGCUGAUUUUGGGUCUUGUGCUCUGCUCACCCCUGAGCAGAGUAAACGGAGGUCGAUGGUCGGGACCACUUGCUGGAUGGCACCCGAAGUUGUGAGGAGAGACCCAUACGGCCCCAAAGUGGACAUCUGGUCCCUUGGCAUCGUGGGAAUAGAAAUGGCCAAAGGAGAGGCUCCGUAUAUUUGGGAAAUCAGUUCCAAGGCUAACUAUCUGAUCAGCACCCAAGGAAUACCAGAUCUGGAAGAGCUCAGCCUACACCCGGGCUUGUGUGAAUUCCUGGGCUGCUGCCUGCAGAUGGAUGUGGACAGGCGAGGCUCUGCCAAGGAACUUCUGAAGCAUCCAUUUCUCAAAUUAGCCAAGCCUCUCUUCGGCCUCUUCUGACAGCCCGAUUGCUGCCAUCCCUGCAGCAAAGUAAUGCAGGAAACAGAGGAGAUGGCAAGGACCACUUCAGCACUUGGAGAACAGAGCCUCUGAGAACAGGCAGACACCCUGAGGAGCGAGGGGCCAGGAAACAACAGGCGGCCAUCAGAACAGGAGAGGAAGCAGGCAAACAAGAUGGAACGACAGCGUUUGCAGGCACAGCAGCUGCUGGAGCAACGGGAACACUUCCCGGCAGAGGUGCAGAGGGAGCAGGAGAAAUAGCGGCUUGAGAUGAAGCAGGAAGUUGCCAUCAUUCAAGCUACCAAGAAGAGAUCACAAGGGCCCCCGCCACAUAAAUCUCCACUCCAGGUGCUUUGCAAAUGAAAAUGAAGGAAACUUGCAGGGAAGCAAUCGAGGAAGCAGAGAGCAUGACCAGGUGCACUUCAGCAUUACUUUCUCCAAUGCCAGCUCACAGCCAGAAUAAAAACAUCUUUAAAACCCUCAA